AUGAAUUUCACUGAUCAUAUGCUUGCAGGAGAGAGCAGUCUACCCUCUGCAGUUCCUGUGGACUUUUCUACUGAAGGCUCUGUGAGAGCAAAUGUGAGAUGUUAUCCAAAAGCAGGGUUGUGUGAACCCACUGAACCUAAUGAUGGUGUGCUCUCAUGCAUGUAUGAAUCUGAUAAUGCAGAAGAUCCCGACAUCAGGAAAUCUCUUGAUGACUUCUACGAAAUGUAUUGCAGAAGUCAUCCAGGGAGAAUCGAUCCAACCUACGAGGCUGCAUCACAAUGCCUGUCACAGAAGAUUUCAGAGCUAGCAAGCCAGGAUGGAACGAAAUAUGCUUUAUGUUGCCUGCAAAUGGCACAGUUGGUCUUGAACAGAGAUGGGUGUAAGAUCUUUCCAAACCACCCUCCUACUGCUUGUUUUUCAAAGCCAGCUGAAGAAGUCAUGUUGGAAGACAGAAGGAGAACACCUGGACUCUCAGAUGACAUCCUGCAAUUCCUCUUGAAACAAACACAGGAAGAACAUAGCCUUGACAUAUCACACAAGAAGUGA